AUGCCGUCCGUCACGAAUAUUGGCCAAGAGAGUAGUCCGACGGGUGGAUGUGUCCCGCCGUCUUACACGUUGAGUGUACCCUACUUGACCGAUGGCGAUUGUCCCAAAAGCUAUUUCAAAGCAUGCUCGAGUGCAACAUCGUAUGAUGGCCGGUCGGCUGAUCACAUCAUGUGCUGUCCCUCUGUUUCGGGUUGGAAUUUCAAUUGCGCGCCUGCAACGAAUGUUGGAGCCGCGCCGUAUGGAUGUUUGGCGACUUUCACCACCGGCGCCAAAAUAACCGGGUCAAGAACCGAUUUGAUAGUAGGCACCGGACAGGCCGAAACUCACACGGUCGGUGGCGACACUGGUGUGAAUGCUUGGGGUAUUGCGUUGCUAUCGACAACACCCCUUACUUCAUCCGCAACCAUAACGUCUGCUGCUGCCACAACAUCUGACGCUGUAGUGUCCGUACCCAGCUCAGCAAUCAGCACAGCGCCUAGCACCGGCUCAGCUUCGACUUCGACUUCUUCUUCUGCAAGUGGCCUCAGCACCGGUGCAUCAAUUGGCAUCGGGGUCGGCGUCGGCGUCGGCGCCUUGUCCAUUAUCGGCCUGCUCGCCUUCUGCAUCAUAGGACGUAGGCGCAAUGUGAGACAACAACAACAACAACAGAAGCCCAUGGUUCAGGACUCCUAUGAUCACAACGGAGUUAUACAUAAUGGACAAUAUUAUUAUGGUGGCUUGGAAGCCGCGUCGCAUGGUACGAAAAUGCAGCAGCCGAACGAGCGCGCUCUGCAGUCGGAGGCACCCACUCAUGUCGACCCCUACGAGAUGCAGGGUUAA